GCCCUGUACAGCCAGAACACUAAGAAAGCCCCGGGGAUGGAUAGGCUUAAUUUCAAGGCAUGCCGGUUGCUUUGGGAACUAGAUGCCCCCCGGGUAAUAGCCCUAGCUAGGCAGUGCCUCCGGCUAGGGGUGCACCCUAAGGCCUGGAAGACCGCGAAAGGCAUACUGAUCCCGAAGCCUAAGCGGGUUCGCACCCAGGUCAAGGCCUGGCGGGUUAUCAGCUUACUUAACUGCCUAGGCAAGGUUGUUGAGAAACUAGCGGCAGAGCUUAUAGCUAAUUGGUGCGAGGAACGGGGGACCCUACACCCGGGGCAGCUAGGCUGUAGGCGUGGCCGGGGGGCUAUUGACGCCGUGGCCUGCCUAGUGCAAACCGUUCAUGAAGGAUGGGCCGAGAAGCGCCUGACAGGCACCGUUUUUAUGGACGUUAUGGGGGCCUUUGACCACGUCGACCCCCAUAAGCUCGCGGAGGCUAUAGGGGCUAUAGGCAUCGAUAAUGACCUUAUAAGGUGGACCCUGUCCUUUCUCACCGAUAGGCGGGUUAGCCUUAUAAUCGAUGGUUAUCGAACCCCGGAACAGCCCAUAGAUUCCGGGCUCCCCCAGGGCUCACCG